AUGGGCGUCAUCGACAACGAAUUCAAGCGGUUACAGGAUGUUGUAACCAGUCUCGAGGACCGCGUGAAGCGACUGGAACAGCGCCAAUCCGGCGAGACAAUAUCUGCCGAUGGCGUCCGCAUGAUCCUGAUAGGGCCUCCCGGAGCCGGCAAGGGGACACAGGCACCCAAGAUCAAGGAGAAGUUCUCAUGUUGUCACUUGGCUACUGGAGACAUGCUUCGAUCUCAAGUCGCCAAGAAGACGACCUUGGGCCGGGAAGCCAAGAAGAUCAUGGACGCCGGCGGCCUGGUCAGCGAUGACAUUGUCAUUGGCAUGAUCAAGGAGGAGCUGGCCAACAACAAGGAAUGCAAGGGCGGCUUCAUUCUCGACGGCUUCCCUCGUACUGUUGCUCAAGCAGAGUCUCUUGACAAGAUGCUGGCCGAGAAGGACCAGAAGCUCCAGCACGCCGUCGAGCUGCAGAUCGAUGACGGCCUCUUGGUGUCGCGCAUCACCGGGCGCUUAGUCCACCCUGCCUCGGGCCGCAGCUACCACAGCAUCUUCAACCCGCCCAAGAAGACAAUGACGGAUGAUCUGACCGGCGAGCCUCUAAUUCAGCGAUCCGACGACAACGCCGAUGCCUUGAAGAAGCGCCUGGUGACGUACCACCAGCAGACGGCGCCCGUCGUCGGCUACUACAGGAACACUGGCAUCUGGAAGGGCAUCGAUGCCAGCCAGGAGCCCGGUCAGGUCUGGAACAGCCUGUUGGGCGUCUUUGGCGACGAGAAGAAGAAGGGAGGGAUCCUGAGCAAGUUGACCGGGAAUUAG